CAUAAGUAUCUAAUGUUGGACUAAAAAUAACAUUGAAAAAUUCUCCAGAUAGAAACCAAUUUAUUUAUUACAGGACAGUUGUAAAAUAAUAACAGAUCAAGCUAAACCAAAACCGUUUAGGAAAUACCAGUUACUACUAUAUUUAAGGAAGCUGAAUUUCUCAUGUACUUAUAUCCAUUAGCUGCAAUUCACAAUGACUGUUAUAUUCGUCAUCGAUCCACCGAAACGGGUUGAACGUCCUUGAAGGUGGCGAUUUAGAAUCACCCUGUAGAGGAAGAAAGCGUGCAACCUUGCGGGAACCUUGGCGCUUAGUCCCGCGUCAAACCUCGUAGCGACACCACGAGUCACGACCAGAGAGCCGACUAACUGUAACUAAACCUAGUCUUUGUUCAGACACCGACAAGUUGUGACUAAAUAAAUUAACGAGUUAAAAAUAAAAGUUUGUCUGGUUAACGCAUAAUAUAAAUAAAUAUAAAAGUUGCACUGCCCGCGCACGCUUAUGCACACAGAAUUGGCGUAAAUACCUCGUGUCCGGUCGUGUAAAAAAAAAGUUAGCAUGGAUGUGUUUUGGCGCGUCGAGAUGUGGUGCAGAAGGCAGGCGGGCGCGGUGCUGCUCGCGCUGGUGCUGGUGGGCUGGCUGACGGGGGAGUCCAGCGAGGCGCUCACCACCUUCGGCAAGAGUAACACCGACCCCCCAAAGGAGGUCGUGCCCACACCGCCGCCAGCGCGGCCGUGCAGCCGCCAGGCGGAGUGCGCAGGCAUCAGCAGCUCGUCGUGCGUACGCACUCACUACGACCCCGUCACCCGCUGCCUGUGCGGCGACAACCUUCCGCCAGUCAAUGGACAGUGCGAGGCGCAGACUAAAGCGCUGUACCACGCGUGCAGCAACAGCGACGAGUGCAACGACGGCCUGAUCUGCGGCGCGCCCAACAUCACGGGCCCCGCGCCCUCCCACCUGCGCGUGCACGCCAUCACCGACAAGAUCUGCCUGUGCGACACCGAGAACGGCUACAGGGAGCGCGACCACUCCUGCAGCGAUGCGGAGAUCGUGAAGACCUCUGUGUUCGCGGUCGCCCUCGUCGUGUGCAUAAGGAAGAUACUCGUUUCUUAAUCAUUAACUUAUAUCUAUAUCUAAGACACGUUCAACAUAAUAUUAUUUUUGUCAUACAAACUAACAUGUCGACCUAAAACUUGUACUAAAUAUCUGUGUAUAAACUUUAAAUUCUUAAUAGCUUCGUUUAAAUACAGUGUUUUAUGUAAUGUAUGGUCACGCGAAACAUAAUAUCUUAAAGUCAAUUCAAUUUAUUUACUGAUA